CGGCAAUUCGUCGUGCAACAACGGUCGUGAGCACUUCACCAGCUUCACCAGCUCGCGGAGUCAUCACGGACACGUGGAUAUCAUUGCUGUCAAAGAUUGCUCAGUGAAUCGCCGCCAGAUUAUCGAGGCUCGCGCGUUACUUCAAACGUAGAAGAAGACAAAUCAUGGAUCCCGAUAGCUUCAAGGAGUACGCGAAGGAUAUGGCGGAAUAUAUCACAAACUAUUUGGAAAAUAUUAGAGACAGGAGAGUUUUGCCUACGGUGGAGCCAGGAUAUAUGAAACCGCUUUUACCGUCCGAAGCACCGCAAUCUCCAGAACAGUGGCAGGAUAUAAUGGCUGAUAUCGAAAGAGUGAUAAUGCCAGGUGUUACUCAUUGGCACAGUCCAAAAUUCCACGCAUACUUUCCCACUGCGCAAUCGUAUCCUGCGAUUCUGGCCGAUAUGUUAAGCGGAGCUAUUGCAUGCAUCGGAUUUACCUGGAUUGCGAGUCCGGCCUGUACAGAACUAGAAGUAAUCGUACUGGAUUGGUUAGGAAAAAUGCUGGACUUGCCGAAAGAAUUUCUGGCCUGCAGCGGUGGAAGAGGCGGUGGCGUCAUUCAGGGUACUGCUAGCGAAGCCACUUUGGUAGCGUUACUAGGAGCGAAGGACAAAAAGAUAAAGCAAGUUAAAGAGCAGCAUCCCGAUUGGACGGAAAACGAGAUCAUCAGUAAACUAGUCGCAUACUGUUCUUGCCAAGCACAUAGUUCGGUUGAACGCGCUGGACUUCUUGGUGGAGUAAAAUUUAGACAGUUGGAAGUCGAUGAAAAACACAAGCUGCGCGGUGACACAUUCGCUGAAGCAAUCAGGAAGGAUAAAGAGCAAGGCCUCAUACCAUUUUAUGCCGUUGCUACUUUGGGUACUACUGUUAAUUGCGCCUUUGAUCGUCUCGAUGAAAUGGGCAUUGUAGCAAAUCGUGAAGACGUUUGGCUGCAUGUAGACGCUGCUUAUGCAGGAUCCGCUUUUAUUUGCCCGGAAUUUAGAUACUUAAUGAAAGGCAUCGAAAUGGCAGAUUCAUUCAAUUUCAAUCCGCAUAAAUGGAUGUUAGUUAAUUUUGACUGCUCUGCCAUGUGGCUUAAGGAUCCGACAUGCGUCAUAAACGCUUUUAAUGUCGAUCCUUUGUACCUGAAACACGAUAUGCAAGGGGCAGCACCGGAUUACAGGCAUUGGCAGAUUCCACUUGGACGCAGAUUCCGAUCUCUGAAACUUUGGUUUGUAUUGAGACUCUACGGAGUUGAAAACCUUCAAAAGUUCAUCAGAUCGCACGUUGCUCAAGCACACGAAUUCGAAGCGUUAGUCCUUACCGACCCUCGCUUCGAAAUUGUAGGUGAAGUUAUCAUGGGAUUAGUUUGCUUCCGACUGAAGGGAUCCAACGAACUCAACGAAGUCCUGCUAAAGAGAAUCAACGGUGCAGGAAAUAUUCAUCUCGUCCCGUCAAAGAUAAAGGACACGUACUUCCUGCGAUUUUCCGUCUGUUCUCGAUUCAGCGAGAGCAAGGAUAUACAGUAUUCCUGGAAAGAGAUCAAGCUGAGAGCCAGCGAGGUUCUCGAAGAGCAAUCGCUUUCAAAGUGAUGGCGCGCUCAGAUAGCUCGCGGUUGUAGAUCGUUAGCGCCUGCCACUUGCAACCAAUCCUAGCUUCAAGUAUUUCCUUACACCCAGCGGCUUUCGAGGACCAAAUAGGUUAAAGUGACGAGUGAUUAUAGACGGUCUCAAAAUUAUGCGAAAAUAAAGUAUAAAUUUUUCAAGAA